AUCGGUGCCAACGACUCUGCCAACGCCUGGGGCUCGACGGUGGGCUCCGGCGCCGUGCCUCUCUCUGUCGCGGUGACGCUCGGCGGGUUCGGGGAGUGGCUGGGCGCGACGCUGCUCGGGUACGGCGUGUCGGACACGAUCAAGAAGGGUGUUGCCGACACCACCGACCCCGACUGCUGGGCGUGCGGCUACUGCGACAGCGGCAUGGCCGUGUACGCCGUCGGCAUGCUGUGCGCGCUGCUGGCGGCGGCCCUCUUCCUGCUGCUCGCGACGUUCGCGGCGAUGCCGGUGUCGACGACGCACGCCAUCGUCGCGGGCGUGGUCGGGAUGACGAUGGUUGGCUCGGCGGAGAUGGACGGCGUCGCCUGCCUCAACUGGGCGUGGAGUGGAGGACUCACCUCCAUCGUCGCGAGCUGGGCCAUCUCGCCGCUCUUCUCGGGCGCCGUCGCCUUUGCCAUCUUCCGCGCCACUAAGUUCGCCGCCCUCGACGCCGCGCGGCCGGGCUCGGCUGCUCUGCUCCUCUCCCCCUUCCUUUACUCGACGGCGGCGUGGGUCAUGACCUUUCUCAUCAUGCUCAAGUCGCAGCCGACCAAGCAAAUCGAGCGCUCCACGCAGGCGCUCACCGCUUGCGUCGUCGCCGGCCUGACCCACGCCUACGCCUCCCUGCUGGCCCCGCGCGUGCGAGAAGCGAUGCCGACCGUGCGCGCGCUGCGGGCCGAGCAGGAGCAGUCCCACCGGGCGGUGCGUGAGCUCUCGGCGAGGCUGGUGCGGCUCGAGGCCGCCUACCGCAGCCUAGAGCAAGCUCACUCUGCGCGCAAGCCGCCCUCCGCCGGAUUGUUGGGCGCCCUCCGCGAGCGGAUCGGCGCGGAGGACCCUGCCGCCUCCCCCUCCCCGGGCUGUGCGCCCGAGCCCGGCGCCGAGGUGCUCGAGGUGCGCCGAUCUCCCUCUCCUCCUACACCCUCCCUUCACCGGUCCCCUCCCCGCGGCCGCCGCGAGAGCGCCGAGGACGCGGUGCACGUCUUUCGGUACGUCGUCGUCUUCGUCGCGUUCCUCGAGUCCUUUGCUCACGGAGCAAACGACACGGCCAGCCCGACCUCAGACUCGUCCGCCCGUGAACCCCCGAGGUCGCCCCGAGGUCACCCCGAGUGCGACUCGACGGCCACACCGUGGUGGGUCAUGUCCGUCGCCGGCGCCUUCGUGGCCCUCGGCGUGGUGACGCUGGGCUACCGGGUGAUCCAGACGCUCGGCAGCGACAUCGCCGAGAUCGACUUCCACAUGGCGUUUUGUGUCGAGUCCGCCUCGACGGUGACCGUCGUCGUGGCAACCUGCCUCGGCCUCCCGAUCUCGUCGACGCACUGCCAGGUGGGCGCUAUCGUCUUUGUCGGCAUGGCAAAGCACGGGCUGCACGGCUCGGACUGCGCCCUCUUCGGCAAGAUCGCGCUGACUUGGGUGGCGACGAUCCCGCUCGCCGCUGCGAUUGCGGCGCUGAUGAUGCUACCGGCGCGCGCGGCGAUCACUCUGUGA